AUGAUGUCUCAUCAAUCAGGAAUUGCUGCAAGUAAAUCAUUGCGUGAGAAAUUUGCUGAAAUGAAAGAUGGGCAUCUUCGUGUGGUCGUUGUCGGGAUUGCAAAUGAACAAAUUGUUUGGAAAGAUGAGCACAAUGCAGAAAAAACAUUUGAUCAGGAUUUCGAUAAAAUGCUUCUACCAUUAGUUCAAAAGAAUCAUGCUGCUUAUUAUUUUAUUCGACUUGAUACAAUUAGCGAAACAAAUGGACACAAUUGGCUAUUAAUAACUUAUAUACCAGAUGAAGCUCAAACACGCGAGAGAAUGUUAUAUGCAUCGACACUUAGUACAGUUAAAAAAGAAUUCGGUUUAACAUAUGUUGCUCAAGAAAUUCGAGUGUCAUCAAAAGAUGAAAUGACUCUUCAUUCGUUUUAUCAACAUUUAAAUGCUAAAGCAGCAGCACCACCACGAACAAUGCGUGAAGAAGAGAUGCUAGAAAUUCAUCAACGAGAAGCUCAUGCAGACAUUAGUGUGAAUACACGUCAACCAACUUUGCAAGGAUUAAAAUUUCCAUUCGAUGAAAAUGUUAUUGAAGCAAUACAUUUAUUCAAAAAACAUCAGGUCGAUUAUAUACAAUUGGAUAUAGAUCAUGAAAAAGAAUUAAUACUCCUAUCUCAUUCGGAAGCUCAUGCAACACUAGAACAUAUUGGCAAACAUUUACCAAGUCAUGAAGGAAGAUAUCAUCUGUAUAGAUUUAAACAUUUAUUCAAUCACAAAGCUCAUGAUUCAAUUCUUUUUCUCUAUUCUGUACCGGGACACAGUUCACGAGUUAAAGAACGUAUGAUUUAUGCUAGCUGUAAAGAAAGUGUUAUUGAUAAUAUCGAAAGUAAAUUUGGUCUUACUUUUGAUAAAAAAUUGGAAAUUGGUGAUGCAUCUGAUUUUACGAUGGAAUAUCUCAUGCAAGAACUUCAUCCAGAAGUAGCAGCAAAUGCGGCAGCAUCAUCAUCAUUUGCUAAACCAAAAGCGCCAUCUACACGUGGGCCACGACGAUUAGUAAAAGCAACUGAUAGUUCAGAUGAUUGA